AAAAGCCAACGACAACAUUUGGAUAUUUCAAGUUCCUACAUUCACACCAAAGAGGUGAAAAAAAUCAAAGUUAACUGCAAGGCUGCAACGACUACUGACAUCAACCUAAGAAACUGCUUUCCACAUUCACUCUCACCUUUAUCUUCUUCUAAUCUUCUCCAUUCAUCAAAAUCCACAUAAUUUUCCAUCGUUAUAUACCACCUCUACCCUCAACUUAUUCCCCAAAACCGCGUCUCAGAAAGGGCAUACCCGUCAUUCCCUCUUCCCCAAUCAUUCUACUUACUAGAUCAUUCCAAUUUGUAGCUUCUAUUUUCCUCAUCAAAUUUGAUUAUUCUCAAACUUAAUACAUUCUCUAAAAAUGGCUGAAAAUGGAGAAGAGAAAUUACUCGCUAUGGCACGGCACAUAGCAAAAACGCUAGGCCAUAACAACAACAUUAUGUCCGAUGACAUUCUUCAAAUAUUCUCGAACUUCGAUGGAAGAUUCUCGAAGGAGAAUCUUUCCGAGAAGCUCCCAGUUCUAGAUACAGAUCCCAGAACCUGCGCCGCACUGGAUCACUGCCUCAAAGCCCUCGACCGUCGGAUCUCUCACUACGUCUCCUCCGAUCAUCCUAUCUGGGCGGACUCCGCUGACGCCGAGGCUUUUCUCGAAGCCGUCGACGACCUAAUCGCCUCCGUCGCAGAGUGGAACCAUCUCACCGCUGAUAAAUCCAUCGCGACGUGUCUUGCACGCGCCGAGGAUAUGCUCCAGCACGCUAUGUUCCGGCUGGAAGAAGAAUUCCGGUCACUCAUGGAACGCGGUGGUGAGUCGUUUGACCUAACUCAACCCUACCAACCCUACAACAAUGAUUCAACUGAGAAUUUACCGUUUGAUUCGGAGGAGGAAGAUGAAGAAAACAACGGCGGAGAAGAAGAGGAUCUGAUUCCUGUUGCGAUGCCGGUGACCGAUUACGACAUCGUGAUCGAUGCUUUGCCGUCGGUGACGAUUAAUGACCUUCACGAGAUCGCAAAGCGAAUGGUUGCUGGUAGUUUUGGAAAGGAGUGUUCGCAUGUAUACAGUAGCUGCCGGAGGGAGUUCUUGGAGGAGAGUAUUUCGAGAUUAGGGUUACAGAAACUUAGUAUUGAGGAUGUUCAGAAGAUGCCAUGGCAGGAUAUUGAAGAUGAGAUUGAAAGAUGGAUUAAAGCUUCCAAUGUUGCUCUCAAGAUACUUUUCCCCAGCGAGCGACGGCUCUGUGAUCGUGUUUUCUUCGGAUUCUCCUCCGCUGCAGAUUUUUCCUUCAUGGAGGUUUGCAGAGGAUCCACUGUUCAGUUGUUGAAUUUUGCUGAUGCUGUUGCCAUUGGAAGCCGUUCGCCCGAUCGGUUAUUCAGAAUCCUCGAUGUUUUUGAAACAUUGCGUGACCUAAUUCCGGAAUUUGAGGUUUUAUUUUGUGAUCAGUAUAGUGUGUCUUUAAGGAAUGAAGCACUGACGAUAUGGAAGAGGUUAGGGGAAGCAAUUAGGGGUAUUUUCAUGGAGUUGGAGAACCUGAUUCGCCGAGAUCCGGCUAAGGCGGGAGUUCCAGGUGGCGGACUUCACCCGAUUACCCGUUACGUGAUGAAUUACCUUCGUGCUGCGUGUCGGUCACAACAGACAUUAGAGCAAGUGUUUGAAGACUAUGGACAUCCAUUAAAGGAGUUUCCUAAGAUUGAUGAUAGAAUGCAUUCGUCUUCCUCUUUGUCAGUGCAAAUGGAUUGGAUUAUGGAGCUAUUAGAAAGCAAUUUGGAAGCCAAGUCCAGAAUCUAUAAGGACCCUGCUCUGUGCUAUGUUUUCUUGAUAAAUAACUGCAAGUACAUUGUUCAAAAGGCUGAAGAUAGUGAGUUAGGAGCACUUUUAGGAGAUGAUUGGAUCAAAAAACACACUGCGAAAAUUCGGCAGUACCAUAUGCAGUAUCAGAGAAGCUCAUGGAAUAAGGUGUUUGGGUUUCUAAAAUUGGAGAACAGUGGCUCAGUGCCACCUAAUGCCAUAGCAAAGUCUAUGAAAGAGAAGCUGAAAUCGUUCAACACGGCGUUUGAUGAGUUAUGCAGAGUUCAAUCUUCAUGGUUUAUCUUUGAUAAACAGCUUAAGGAAGAAAUAAGAAUUUCCAUUGAGAAACUGUUGUUACCAGCUUAUAGAAAAUUCAUUGGCAGGUUUCAGAGUCUUGCUGAAGUUGGUAAGAAUACUGAUAAAUAUGUUAAGUAUGAAACGGAGGAAAUUGAAGUGAAACUCAACGAUUUGUUUCAAGGUAGCAGUGGAUCAACUGGUAGCAGAAAACGAAGCUAAAGGUGUAUGCACUUUGUCUAUGUAUCUAUUGUGUAGUUGUAAUACAGAGUUUUGGGUUUAGUUGUAAAAGAUUUUUGAUCUUGUAUACUAGUUGUUCUGCUCAGUUUCAUUAUGAUGAUCGAAAAUGUUUUUGCAAUUGUUGAAACUUGAAAGCCACCUGAGUUUCAAUUGUCAGCACUUAGAAUAGAGUGAAAAGUUUUUUAAAUCAACCAACAGGAUUUUGUAUACAAA